UUUGACAAUAACAGAUAUGCAGCAAUAAGACUUAUUUUAUUUUCGAGUGCAACUAAUUCUAGUGGUAAAAUCUUCUUUAUUCUGUGACCAGAAGUGUACAACGUCAAAGAAGCGCAGACUCAGCUGGUACGCGCAUUAAAUGUCAGCUGUUGAACACGACCUUGAGCGUAGUUCUCUCACACGGCGUAUGGGAGACAAGACGUGAGAACUGAUAACGACUUUAUUGUCCAAUCUGAGUGCGUGUUGGCGCAGUUCCGAAGUGAACAAAAUCAAUCCCACGACGUGUGCAUUUGGUCCAUGACAGUUAAGCAGAAAGCUAAUUUUUUUCGCUGCACCACAAGCGCUAGGUGACUGAACACCCAACCCAUUUUCGGAAUAUACAAACUGACAGAGAAAGUGUGCUCCCACACAAAAUGACAAAGAUUCAAGUAAUAGGUCUACUAAUUAUCAGUUUUGCUGCAAUGUGCACCACAAAUAACUCAAAGGAACAUGACUGGGAUGUACUUAUAUUUACUCAGCACUGGCCAGUAACUGUCUGUCUGCAGUGGAAAGAAAAGGAAGAGCAGCACACUUGCAGUUUUCCAACAGUAAAGAACAUCUGGACCAUUCAUGGGAUAUGGCCAUCGAAGCUGGGCACGAGGGGUCCCCAGUACUGCAAUUCAAGUUUACACUUUGAUUUAAAUGCCUUACAACCCAUCAGGCCGAAGCUGGUUCAGUACUGGGUCAAUGUCUAUAAUGGAACGGAAUCUGCAUUGUGGAAGCAUGAGUGGCAGAGGCAUGGUACUUGUGCUGCAAGUCUUCCAGACCUUAAUUCAGAGCUUAAGUACUUCAGCAAGGGUCUGGAAUGGUUGGAAGCAUAUGGAAUGGAUCACAUAUUGCCCAAAGCUGGCAUCAAAAUGGAUUAUGCUGAAGGAUUCUCUGCUCAGAAGCUCUCUGACGCUGUCGUGAGAGUCCUUGGAGUUGACCCUGAUAUUCAAUGUAUAGAAGACAAGGGCAAUGCUUACCUUUUUGAAAUUAGGAUUUGCUUUAACAAAACGCUGGAGCUUGUAGACUGUGAUGGCAUUAAAAUGAAGACAUCUAUGGAUAGCCUCAUAACUAAUUGCCCAAACGAUAAACCAAUUUUUUAUCCUAGUAAGCUGCCAUCACUGCCAGAAGGUAGAGAGAUAAGCUAUUCUCACUAUUCAGUCAAGUCACAAUGGCCACUGAGGCUGCUCAAGGUCAUACAGUUUCUACAGUGGUUCACAUUUUAGGAUAUGAAGCAUGUUUUGUCUAUGGAGCAAACUAUUUUUCAACUUUAGUUGCAAAACCUUAAAUAUUUUACUAGCUAAAAAUGUACUGUGAUAUUUUUUGAGAUUUGUUGUAGUAAAAUAUGUCACUCAGACAUCCUAUUUAGUGUCAUGUGGUUUCAUUUUACUAUGGGAGUUUCUAAUUAAUCUCUGAAAUGAUUAAAUGAAACGUAAUAUGUGUUGUUGUAAAUGAUGACUAGGGGAGACCGGGACAAAAGUAAAAUUUUGCAUAUUGAUUUUUUUUAUUACCUCCUUAUAAACUUUUUUGUGGAACUAAUGUUUGUGUUCUCUGAAGCUUUCCUAACAUAGAUAAAUUUAGUUCCACACAAAAUUACAUAUGUUUGGUAUUUGUAAAACUAAUUUUAACACAUCUGUGUUCCUGUUACUUGUGUCCCCAUUACCAGGGACGAUAGUAACACAGGUAGGUUACGAAAGUAACAUAAUAAGUUAAGCCACAUUUUAUUACCUAAAGGACUCAUACAGUAACUUAAAGUACAUUACCAUUACAAAACAUUAAUUAACAUCAAUAAACUUCAAGUCUCAUUCAUUUACAAUUAUUAUGUUAAUUAAAAUAGCAAUUAAUAGCACCGAAUGAAUGCAGGCUUUAUGAGUAAAUGUUCAGUGAGUCAGUAAAAGAGAAAAGUAAUGCAUAUUUUAGUCCUAUUCAGAUUCACAAUUGUGGCACACGUAAAUAUUCCCCCCCCCCCCCCCCCCCCCCCCCCCCCCCCCCCCCCUUUGGUACAAGCAACACGAGACCAACCCUUACAUUCCCAAUACUGAAUCCACUUCUCUUUGCGAUGACUGUGAUGGAAAGACUCGACACAUACAAGACAGUAGCUAUCAUUGUCUUCCGAUGAUGAUUCUUCAGUUUUUUUCUGUUUUUGCACUCUUGGCUGGCUGCUCUUUAAAUUUGGCUUCUUUUCCGCUUUUUUCGCCCGGGGAUGGGCCUUUAGCUCUUCUUCUAUAGCCAGUUUCUCUGGAAUGUCAGUCAAAAUUGCAGACUUUCUCCCUUUUCUUCCUUCUUGCCUUGGACCUGCUUUUGGUUAUGGGCAAACACCUUCGGGUGAAAAGGCUGCAUGAACUGAAAAAGAUGGUUGUAAACCAUUAGGUCCUGCAUCAUAGGCUGACAUGUGAAAGUGUUUUCUUGCAUAUUGCUUCUGGAUCUGGAUUAGAUGUCCUUCCAGCUUCAGAUGGGUCACUAGAAAAUGCUAAUGGUUCUGCUGAGGACAUAGUUUGCUUUCCAUAAUUGGAAGCUUGUGCUGGGCGAACAGUGACAGAAGAUAGUGCAAAAUUGAUUUCACUGAACACAUUCCUAUUAAAUGGUACUAUGCCUGUGCAGUGAAACCAUGCUGCAAUGUUUUUGGGAGUUACAGCAAGUGGAAGUGCUUCCCUUACAAUUGAAGGGAUGUCAUAAAUUGACAUGGUCUUUCACAGAUGAUUCUUGAUCCAGUUGUCAGCAAAAGUACUCAACAUCUUUUUGAACGGACCAUAAACUGAGUGGUCUAGAGGCUGCAUCCUGUGUGUACAGUGCAGUGGGAAUGACAGCACAACAAUCCCCUUGCUUUUGCAAAAAUUCAGGCUUCUGAUGGAUGUAUGAGAUUUGUGAUUGUCGAGAAGCAGCAAACAUUUGUGCUCAGGAGUUGAUUUAGCAAAUUUUAUGAAAUGACACAAGAAUAACAAAAGUUAUUCCUCUUGCAUCCAGCCACUCGCAUUUCCUGCUCCAAUGUAACCAAUAAGACCGUCUCGAAUAAAAUGGCCAUGAUACCUCAAGCGAGGGAGUACAAAGAGAGAUGGUGUGCUUGUUACCCUGAGCGUUGAUGGCAAUAGCAACAGUGACAAGAGUGCCUCUUUCAGCCAAUGUGAUAGCUCCUACCUGCUUUAUUCCCCUUUUAGCAACAAUCCUGUUUGAUUUCUAAACAGUGGUGACAUCUGUCUCGUCCAUAUUCAAAUGCCCAUGGGCUCUAAAUUAUAUCUCUCCAUAAGCUAGCUCAUUGCUCGAGCAAGACUUGUGGGUUGAGGGAACCGAAUAGACAACUGGGGAUUCCUCUUCAUGAAUGCUGAAAAUCCGUCUGGACCAACAGUUUGAUUGUCCACCCAAGUUGAUGGAACUGGUAUAUUGUUUGUCGUUGCCAAUUUAUGGAUAUCCUUACGGCAAAGUCCAUAAAAUAUCUCUGACACUUUAAUCACAUAUUCAGUUAUAAUUUUUUUCUUGUUCAUCGGAGAACACUCUUUUUACACUUUUAUAUCCAACACGAGGCAUUGGUGUCGUGCUAUCAUGCAUACGUUUUUCUUUUUAAUGUACCAAUGCAAUGUCACAUGGCAUACAUUGUGUUUCUUUGCUGCUGCUCUAUUACUUAUAAUAUAAUUUGCAACAUCAUCUGCCACAGUUGAUAUACAAUAGUAGGAGUUAGUCCUCUUUUGUCGUCCUAACCCGUGUUUGUGGAAUAAUUCCCUGUAACAAAAUAACUAAGUAAAUAAUCAGUCUGUUCUGUAAUAACGAGCUUGUUCAGCAAGACACUGACAGUAUCAUAUCUAAUUUACUGUUUGCUAACAGGAAAGGGGGGGGGGGGGGGAGGAACUGCAGCUAAUAAUACUCCCUCAGUAAUGGGAACGAAAGAAACACUGUUACUUCCAUCCCCAGCAGUAAUGUUUCUUUUGUCCCGGACCACUCCUUUCUGUUUAAUUGAUAUAUAUUAGACGCAAUCUAUACAAGUAAUGAAAACGUUGACAAUGGUGGCAUAAAACUGAAAGUUUCACAUAGUUAAAUUAUUACAGUAGACUUACGUUUACAGAGUAAUGCCACCGUUAUCACAAAACUAAGAAAAUUGAGAAAACUUAUGUGAGAGACUGAAAAAACGUUUUACUGCAGCACACUCAACAGACUCUCCAAUACUGGCCAACAAUUGGUAGGCAGUUGGGAAACAUGAAGGGAAUACAUUGUUUGAAUCACUUGAUUUUCGGAGCUACAUGCGAAUGUAGUGGAGGGAUGUUACUUUCAUACCCUGUUACUUUUGUCCCCGGUCUCCCCUACAUGCUUUCUUCUUUUUCAAGUAGGUACUUUCAUUGUUGUAGGAUGUUCCUGAAACAGCUAAAACAAACAUUUUACUAUGGCAGACAAAAGGGUGGAGCACAGAGACAUGUAACAGGAAAUAGCAUUCACAUUAGCUUUGGCUCUCUCUCUCUCUCUUUCUCUCUCUCUUUCUUUAAAAAGGCAGAGGUACACUCAUUCACACACACAAUCACAGAGCAAUGCAAAUGGUGUGCUUGUUUGUACAUUUGCUAGAAAAAGAACAAGAGCUCAAAAGGUAGUGUGAAUGCUGUUUCCUGUUACUUGCCUCCGUGCUCCAUGCAUCAGUCCGCUAUAGGUGAGUGGUUGUCUUUCAUUUAUUGUACCUAUUGCGCCAUCCAGGAAUUCCCAUUAUUGUUAAAUUCCAUUUUACGUAGUUGAGAAUCUCUAUCUGGUAAAUUAAAUUUUCUUCUGUUCUAUUAAUAAUAGUAUCAAAUAAGAUUAUUGACAAUGCAUGUGGUUGAAAUUUUCACUCUUGUCAUAUAUUCUAUAAAUUGUUGCGCAGUAUGGUAUGUAGUAUUAUUCAAGUAUCUGAUUGCAUUCCCAAUACCAUUAUAAAAAGUUAUGUUGAAUAUAUAUUUUUAUCAAAUUUACAUGAUGUUGCAGUAUUCUGUAUUUUGUAAGAUAUUAUUGUGAUAGAAAUAAACUUCUUUUUACACA